CUUAAAAUGGAAGCUGUAGACCAUUUUCCCGAAGGAUUCUUCUUUAUUCGAUGUAAAAGCCAGUCAUUUGCAAUGGACGUCAAUGGUGGUAGUAUGACAAAUGAUGCCAAUAUCAUUAUUUGGCCACAAAAAAUGGUUGAUAGUAUUAACCAAUUGUGGAUGCAUGAAGAAGGUUUUUUGAUCAACAAGAAGUCUGGUCUUGUGAUUGAUAUUCGAGGUGGAAGCAUUGAACGCGAUAAAAACAUCAUUCAGUAUGCUCGUAAGCCAGGGCUGGCUCAUAAUCAACGAUGGACAUACCAAAACGGCUUUAUUUAUCCUACUUCUGCACCUCAUUUAGUCCUGGAUAUUCGGAACUCAGAAUUCAAGAAUGGUAACACAGUUUUCUUGAAUGCUAAGAAUAUUCACUCACAAUCACAACAAUGGAUCAUUCAACCUUUUGAAAAUGAAAAGUCAAAGGCUGAACUGGCCUUGCUUCGACCUUCACCACUUCAACGUAAUUCAGUGUUUCCUCGACAAGAUGAAUUGUAUGAUUGCUAUAGAAUGGUUUAUUUAGAAGUGGGCAAUAACAUCACACCAGAGCAAUUGGCCGGUGCUACUGCUUUUAAGGGCAUGAAAGACUAUGUGGAUCAAUCAAAAAAUCAAACCCCUCAAUCCAUUAUUGUUGCUGACGAACAUUCAAGACAACAAGUGAUGGAACUAGUAAAAAGAGAGACUUUACAAGUACUAGCACAAAAACACAUUGAUAAUGCACAAGACUUAGUUCAACAAGCCAUGAUGGUUGCAGAAUCUUAUUUUAGUCGAGAAUAUGGUGCCAAUUAAUAAACAACUAAAUAGC